AUGGCUGAUUACAACGUUGAUGGUGCAGACGUACUGGUCUUGAGAGAUAAACUAGAACAGCUAUCUCGGAUAUCAUUGCAAAUCAACAAAUCUUUAGAAAAGAUAGGGAGCACAACUGUCCAGUCAAGAAACUUGUUUACGCCUAUCGUACAAUCCAACGCAAGAUUAGGCAUUCUCCAAAAAAAUAUUGAGAGCAGUCUGGAGGCCAUCUCCUCAAUUAAGGAUGUAGCUAAUGAUGCUUCGAAGCAUGAGUUCGUAAUCUCUCAGGGCAUCCGGAAAGUCGGAUUGACAGCCUACGUUAAGGCCACUAGAAAACUUCAGAAUAUUCAGGAAAGCAUGAAUCACCAAAGGGAAAUGUCCCCAGACUCAAAUGAUUUCCAAGGUGUGCGAAACCAUCUCUCAGAGGUUGUUAAGUCUAGUGAACAUGAAUUGAGAAGCUAUUUUUCGUCAAUUUUACGCAAGAUUGAGCCCUUUGAUCCACAACUUAUGUUAAAUAAGAAGGUCCCCUUUCCGUACUACGAGGACGAGGAUAUCGCCAGACUAACCAAUAUCUUGGACUACUUUGGAGUCGACGGUAUUGGCUCGUUAACUACCCUUGUCGGAAAUAAUCGUACUGAAUUAAUUCUCAAGAGUCUGGCAUUUUUGGAACCAUUCGCCAAGCAGAUAACUAGCAACCCUAGCGUGCCAUACAGAAAAGGCAGCAGUGGGUUUUUAAACUACAAUGAGUCUGUUCUUGGGUUCAUUGCCAAUGAGUCGUCAUUUACCGAAGACCUCUAUUCCAAGAAUUCACUUCUGAGAGGUGAAGUGUUCAGGACCAUAAUGUCACCGGUUGUCAACAACUACGCGAAGCUUGUAAAUCUAAAUCUGGAUUUGAUCAAGAGUAAUACGUCAAAUGUUGGACUGUUCACUUUUGAGCUAAGUGAUUGUAUUACGAACGUCGUCAAAAUGUUGAAGAAUACACCCUUGACCGAUAGUUCUGCUCUCAUGAGCUGUCAGCAAGAGGCAACGUCUAUUCUUUAUUCAUUGUUUCGAGACCUUAUGCUCUAUAUCGAGAACAAGGCUGGUCAGCUUUCUCAACUACCCAGUGAUAACGGUGUUAUAGAAUCGACCAUUGAUGCCAUGUCUCGCUUGCGCAAAUUUAGUGAAUACAAACAGGGCUGUCUCAACUGUAUAUCAGGUAUGACAAGAGAGGAAUGGCUUCCGAAGAAAUUCAACGAAAAGGAGUCCACAUACCAUGAGCGUCAAAACGUGGAUCAAGCGUCUAAUCUUCUAUCAUGCUUUUUUAGUGAUUGCAUAGACUGUCUCAUUGUUUCGCUAGAACGCAGAGCACAACAAAUACUCAUGCCCAAUCAGGAGCCAGAUAUUGCCAAUCCCAAUAGUGUACGAAACAUCCAUAAGCAAAGAAUAGGAUUCUUCCUUAUCACAAACAUUACACUUGUGGAACAAAUAAUAUCAAGAUCAGAACUUAGCUCCAUUCUUGGUGAGCAGGGAAAUACUCGUCUGGAAAAAUUGAAGAAGAGGUACGUAAGUUAUUUUGUGUCAGAUUGGCGUGCUCUAACUUCCAACCUGCUCGAUGCUGUUUUCGUCGACAGUACAGGUAAGGUCUCGUCUAAGGACAAAGAUCAAAUAAAAGAAAAGUUCAAAAAGUUCAAUGAGGGUUUUGAGGAAUUGGCUUCCAAAUUCAAAGAUUUUAGGAUAACUGAUCCUACCAUGAAAAAACUACUAAAGUCUGAAGUCAAUUCUCUUGUUUUACCCAUGUACGAAAGAUUUCACGGCCGCUACAAAGAUUCGUUUAAAAACCCGCGAAAGCACAUAAAAUAUACACCAAGCGAACUUGCUACAGUACUUAGUUCGUUAGAUCGAUGA